AUGGUUCUGAAGUCGUGUGUUGGCAUCGAAUGCACUCACCCCUGGCUUCAAAUCCACCCUCAAGGCGAGGUGGAGACACUGAAUAAUGCACUGAACCCAAAGUAUGACCGGUUCUACGAGUCUCAACCCAAGGUCGCAUUUUCUGCAUGCAAAUUGGGGUAUUUAAUCGAACAUGAAGGCCCUCAGUCGGUGAUGAAGUAUUCUGAAGAUUGGAAUGAACUGGGACUCCCUGGGACGCUCUUUGUGAAUACGCACUAA